CCCUCACGCCUUGAAAUUUCUCUCUUUUCAUGUUCCCGACAUUGGCGCGACUCUCAAAGGCGUCACGGCGGCCUCUCACCUCGAAACGUGCCGGAAAGGACUUCUACAAAGGUACCAGACAAUCGGCCUUGCCAGGUGGCCCUCGAACCGGUGCACCCGGUAAACAUGUAAUCCGUGGCAAAGCAAAAUACCGCUUGCUGGAUGAGAAAGUCCGUAUAUUCAUUGCACCUCCCAUUGAAGCAAUAGAAUCAUCACCUCUCAAACCUUAUGUCGCGCGCGAUGUUCAUCUGACCAAGGAGGAAGAACGGGUGGCGUUUGGAAAAUUUGCGACAAAUGGAGGCCUUACUCCAGAACAUUUCCUCAGGGGUCAUGAGGAAAGCGGCUGGUCAACGGCAAGGGCAGGGCAAAAAUAAGGCGUCCUCGAGUGAGCUAGCUGUAGCUGACCCAUCGAGUGUCCCUACCUCAGUAGAGGCGCCUACAGGGAAGAAGCCCAGGGAACUGAGCGUGCUAUAGCCGCCCCCUUCCCCGAGACUUGUAUCAUAAAGCUGUAAAUAUAAUUCCAUUUGCUUUCCAGCGUAUUUGCGCCUAGUGUCAACUUCCUUCUACUUCGCCGCUCGCGUCGAACGGCAU